CGGACAAGACCAAACCUUGUCCAUCUCAUCUCUCUUGCAUGCGGCGGAGCAACCAAGAAACCAAGAAGAGAUACUCUUGUGCCAACUUGGACACCCAAAACUAUAAACUACCACCCACUUUUGUUUGGGUUGAUUGAAACAAGCCAGCCAUGGAAGUGAUCACUACAUACUAAGAGAAGAGAAUUCAGCGCCCAACAAAAAUAAAUAUAUAAAUUCUAAACUGUAUCGACCAAGCUUCACAUAUAUAAGAUAUAUAUACAGCUCUACGGUCAUCAGUUUAAUUUGAGAUCAAACAUGAAGACGAGAAGCAAAAUUCAAGAGCAGCACUCGUCUGUGUUGUCAUCACUUAUUAUUAUGAUUAUUGUGGGUAUAGGUGUAAUUAGGAGAUGCAAUGGCGAAGGGUAUUUGAUUGGAGUGGGAAGCUAUGACAUGACUGGGCCAGCAGCAGGGGUGAACAUGAUGGGUUAUGCCAACAUGGACCAGUCGACUGCCGGUGUACAUUUCCGACUCAGGGCAAGGACCUUCAUCGUCGCGGAGAGUUCCCAAGGUCCGAGGUUUGCCUUUGUUAAUCUUGACGCUGGGAUGGCUUCACAACUCGUUAACAUUAAAGUGCUGGACAAACUCAAAUCAAGGUUUGGAGAUUUGUAUACGGAAGAAAAUGUGGCGAUUAGUGGGAUUCACACUCACGCUGGACCAGGGGGUUAUCUGCAGUAUCUGGUUUACUCUAUAACAUCUUUGGGGUUUGUCCAACAAUCCUUCGAUGCCAUUGUGAACGCAAUUGAGCAGAGCAUUGUUCAGGCUCAUCACAACCUCAAGCCUGGUUCUGUUUUCAUCAACAAAGGGGAUGUGGUAAACGCGGGAAUAAACAGGAGCCCAAGUGCUUAUCUGCUAAACCCGGCGGAGGAGAGAGCCAGGUAUCCAAGCAACGUGGACACCCUCAUGACUCUGUUGAAGUUUGUGGAUGAUGCAAGCGGGAACAGCGUUGGAGCCUUCAGCUGGUUUGCCACCCACGGAACCUCCAUGAGCAAAAACAACCUCCUCAUCAGUGGAGACAACAAAGGUGCUGCUGCUCGAUUCUUCGAGGACAGGUUCUCCUCUUCCUCUUCGUCUACUACAAGCUACAACUCCUCCUCUACCACACCAGCUGAUAGUAGCGCGUUACUAUUAUCACUAGUAAAGAAGGCACAAAGCAUGAAAGCCACGGGAGGAAAGCUCUGCGGUAAAACAAGCAGCCGAAAGUCUAAGGUGAGGAAGAACAACGGGUCGCUGUUCGUGGGAGCUUUUUGCCAAUCAAAUGUUGGGGAUGUGACCCCAAACGUGCUUGGAGCUUUUUGCACCGAUUCUGGAAGACCCUGCGACUUCAAUCACUCCUCCUGUCAUGGGAACGACCUGCUUUGCCUGGGCCGUGGACCUGGCUACCCAGAUGAAAUACUCAGCACCAAAAUUAUAGGGGAGAGACAAUUUCAAAAGGCCGCUCAUCUAUUCACGACGGCUACACAGCAACUCACCGGGACUAUUGACUAUCGCCACGUGUACCUCAACUUCACCGAUAUUGAGGUUGAAUUAUUAGAUGGAAACAAGAAAGUUAAAACAUGCCCCGCUGCGCUCGGUCCUGGUUUUGCCGCCGGGACUACAGAUGGACCCGGUGCCUUCGGCUUCCAGCAAGGCGAUACAAAGAUCAAUGAGAUGUGGAGAAAACUGAGGGAUUCUCUAAAAAAACCUACCCCAUAUCAAGUCGACUGCCAAAAGCCCAAGACAGUUCUGCUCGACACUGGCGAAAUGUUUGUACCUUAUGCAUGGGCGCCUGCAGUCCUUCCUAUUCAAAUGCUCAGGUUGGGGAAGCUGAUCAUACUUUCUGUCCCAGGAGAAUUCACCACAAUGGCGGGCCGGCGGCUAAGGGAAGCAGUCAAGGAGACAUUGAUAAGUAACAGCAAUGGUGAAUUUGAUGACGAAACCCACAUUGUAAUAGCAGGCCUCACAAAUACUUAUUCCCAAUAUAUUGCAACUUUUGAGGAAUACACGCAACAGCGAUAUGAGGCUGCUUCCACUCUCUAUGGUCCUCACACGUUAUCAGCAUACAUCCAAGAAUUUGAGAAAUUAGCCAAAGCAAUGGCGAAGGGAGAAAAAAUCACUAAAGGUCCCUCACCACCAGAUCUUUCCUCUCUUGUUGAAGUCACUGGUAAGGGCAGCCUUGUGGUUGAAACCAAAAUGGGGAAAAAGUAUAUCAAAGAAGUUAUGCUUGUGCCUGGUUUGAAAGAAAACUUACUGAGUGUGGGCCAGAUGAUAGAGCAUGGUUAUUACUUGGUGUUUGGAGAUCACAAGGUGGAGAUUUACAAUGACAGUUCUUAUUCCAAUUUGAUUGCAAGGAUACAAAUGAGAGGAAAUCGAAGUUUCCCAAUCAAAUUGGAGGCUGAAAUGCAUUUUGCCUAUAAGGCAAGUGUUUGUCACUCUACUGAAAUGUGGCAUAGAAGAUUGGGGCAUCUAAAUAUGAGCAAUCUGAAGUUACUGCAAGAACAGGAAAUGGUUGUGGGAUUGCCAGAAAUUACAGCUGUUACAGAGGUCUGUGAAGGUUGUAUUCUAGGCAAACAGUGCAGAGAGUCAUUUCCAAAGGAAGCCUCUACUAGAGCAUCAACUCCUCUAGAGCUUGUACACAGUGAUAUCUGUGGUCCAAUGCAAACAACUACAAAAGCUGGAAAUUGA